CUGCGAUGACAACGCAAUCAAGCACUUUGUGUCUUCUUUUUAUUCCUAUAAAACAGGACACACCACAUCGAACACUGGGACCAGGCUACUCAGUGCGAGGCCUGUAACAGAAUUCUGGAGGCACCGCUGGGAUCGGCAUCCGACAAAAGAAGAUGCUGAUCUCCUAAUCUACGAAUCCAAGGCAGACGUGACGGCAGAAGCAAGUUGAAGCAGCGUGGCGACUGAGGCAGCAACAGGACCAACGCGUGUGAGAGGGACCUUCGCUGGAGGAGUGCAGCACCGCUUGCCCGAGACAACAAAGCUACAGUCUGUCGUUGAGUAACACAAUCAACAUGGGAGAACGUGUACGUAAAGAGCUGACGUGGGAGGUAAAGAAAAUACUCCACGAGUUGACAGCACAAGAACUUUUUGAAAUUAUUGAGGACAUCACACCGGUAUCAGAUGUUGAUUCUUCUGGGGUAAUUAAGGGUGAUGAAGAGAGUUGUUUUGACUAUAAAUGUACUUACUUAAAUUGUAGGACACUACUAGAGUCAGAAGAUGAAGGUAUUGCAUGCUUACUAUCUCUAAGAGAUACGAUUAAUGACAUCAGAGCCAGUCGUUUCGCCGAAGUCCGUCACGCUAAGCAAACAUAGUGUGUUGUCAUUAACCCACCACCCUUACAAUUGACAACUAUACAACAGGGACAGAGGGAUAACAGUGAUGACACAUUGCCACAUUUUUCCGCUGAUCCACAAGCACUCGAGUACCAAAUAUUAAUGGCCAAUUAUGAGUCGUUGGGGAGAAAGAUAUCUGAAUAUGAAACACAGAAGACACGCACGUAUAACGCAACACAUACGUACGACUCCACAAACAUGCCUACUUUGACUGAUACACGGCAAGCCCAUACCGCCAUGCACACACCCACCUCACCUGGUACCCAAACACUACAUCAAGCCGCUUCUCAAGCUCGCCCUAUUAGUAUGGUUCCUUUACGAGAUAUACCCUUACUUCAGCGUAGAGAAUUUAAAGUUCACGGGAGUCAGGUGGGGGACAGUGUGUCAGAUAUUAGCUACCAUGGACUUUGUAAACAGAUAGAUGAGGGGCUCAAAGCAAGUCACUCUGAAGGUGAAAUCAUCCAGGGCAUCCUCCGUAUUGUCAGACCUGGACAGUUUAAAGAUAUGCUAGUCAACAAGGAUGAUUUAACACUCUGUGAACUCAGAAGCUUUUUGCGCUCCCACUUAAGUGGAAAAAGUGGAAGUGAGUUGUUCCAGGAGUUAAUGAGCACCCGGCAGCUUGAGAGUGAAAGUCCCCAACAGUUCCUGUACAGGAUGAUUGGACUAAAACAGAAAGUGCUGUUUGCAUCUAGACAAGGUAAUAUGGACAUUGAGUAUGAACCUCGUACAGUGCAGAAUGUGUUUUUGCACACUAUUCUCCAGGGCCUCCUACCCAAAUUUAGUGACAUUCGCACCGAACUUAAACCACUGUUGUCCAACUAUGCUGUGUCAGAUGAAGCACUAAUUCGGCAUGUGAGCCAGGUGUGCGGUGAAGAGAGUGAGAGGCAGCGAAGACUUGCUCAUGGAUCUCGUCAUAAGGUAACACACGCUCACAGUGCCCAACUUGAGACUGAUAAGGACAUAGAAAAAACAUUACAGCAUAAGACAAAGAAUAAAAGCAAUGUGAUAGAGGAACUUAAUGCCAAAGUUGAUGCCCUGACAAAACUGGUUGAGUCUCUCACAGCUAAACAAAUGUUAGAACAACCCUGUAGAUGCACAAAUGCCAGACCAAGGCCCAGGCAAACAGCAAAACAAUAUAGCUGCCCCAAGUGUGCUGAAGAAGGCACAAGCCCAUGUCACCAUUGUUUUCUAUGUGGGGAGGUCGGGCACAGAGCUGUUGGCUGUCUCAAGAGGCCUCGUGUCCAGAGUACUAACCAACCCCCUGCUGAUGUCCACACCAUAAUGAACAACAGCCCCUGGAGCCCUACAGAGCUGAAGCCACCAGGGGAGAGACCAGCACAUUGGGCAGCAGUGGUGCCGCGCCCGGGAAUCAUUUUGGUGAUUUAA